CAUCCUGGAUCAGCGGCUACGGGCCCAGAACAUCCCGGGAGACAAGGCCCGAAAAGUUGGGUGAGUGUCAGAUGCCAUAUGAGAUGCUGGGUGGAGCCUGAUGCAGCCCUUCUGCGCAUUCACUGGAGAUCCUCAGGAGGAAGGGGCCAGGAGCACACAGCACGACAGAGACCUCUGCUGGAGCUGAGCGUCACUGCCUGCAGGAGUGCCUGGGAGCCCUGGGCAUGUGUUCGCCAGUUCUGUCAGCAUCAGUUCUGAAUGACAUCAUCUCCACCAUGUUCAAUCGAAAGUUUAUGGAGGAAUUGUUCAAACCCCAAGAGCUCUACUCCAAGAAGGCCCUGAGGACUGUCUACGACCGUCUGGCUCAUGCCUCCAUCAUGAGACUGAACCAGGCCAGCAUGGAUAAGCUCUAUGACCUGAUGACGAUGGCUUUCAAGUAUCAAGUGUUGUUGUGUCCUCGUCCCAAGGAUGUGUUGCUGGUCACGUUCAAUCAUUUAGAUGCCAUCAAGGGAUUCAUCCAAGACUCUCCAACCAUCCUGCAUCAAGUGGAUGAGACUUUCCGGCAGCUGACUGAAAUAUACAGGGGUCUCUCUGCGGGGGAGUUCCAGCUGAUCAGGCAGACGCUCCUCACCUUCUUCCAGGACCUGCACAUCCGGGUGUCCAUAUUUCUAAAGGACAAAGUUCAGAACUCCAAUGGUCGCUUUGUGUUGCCAGUGUCCGGGCCUGUUCCCUGGGGAACUGAAGUUCCUGGACUCGUCAGAACGUUCAACAACAAAGGCGAAGAAGUGAGGAAGGCAGAAUUCAAGCACGGCGGGAGCUAUGUCGCUGCCCCCAAAGAAGGGUCUUUUGAGCUCUAUGGAGACCGAGUCCUGAAACUGGGAACGAACAUGUACAGUGUGAACCGGCCCGUGGAAACCCACAUGUCUGGAGCAUCAAACAACUUAGCUUCACGGACUCAGGAAAGCAUUGCUCCAAACCCUCUUGCUAAAGAAGAGCUGAAUCUCUUGGCCAGGCUGAUAGGAGGCAUGGAGAUUAAGAAACCCAGUGGCCCUGAGCCAGGAUUCCGCUUGAAUCUCUUCACCACUGAUGAAGAGGAGGAAGAAGCAGCGCUAACCAGGCCAGAAGAGUUAUCCUAUGAAGUUAUCAACAUCCAAGCGACUCAGGACCAGCAGACGAACGAAGAGCUGGCUCGGAUCAUGGGGGAGUUUGAGAUCAGGGACCAGCCGAGGCGGAGUGCCAGCAAGGGCGAGGAUUUGCUUGCCAUGAUGGACGAGUUAUGACCAGGCAUGCCCCUCCCCCGAUGGAGAGGCUGCUGGGCGAGGACCCCAGGGGAUGCCCCAGGGAGCCAUGUGAUGCUGCUAGUUUUCUACUAAGUGAAGCCUUUCCUUACCUCUUGUUCCUGUUUAUGUCCUAACAGACUGUGCGGGUCUCCCUCAGGGAGCACACUCUCUGGAAGGCACACACAUAUAUUCCUAUUUUCAGCAAAAUAUAUUCUGGCUUUUAAAUUGGACCUUUCCCAUUUUCUUUCUGGUUUUAUGGCCACCAAAACAUUCCGAGCCACAGAGUCAGUCAGAAGGCGCUCCUGUUGCCGUUUUCAUUACAGCUUUGCUCAGGGGACCUACUGCUCACAGAUGCCUGUGAAUCAUCACGAAACUUCAGAGCUUUCUGGGAUGUAUUCUGCCUUGUGAGUCUGACAUAAGUGGAAAAGGCAGUUGCCUCAAACAGUCGGGGCCCAGUUUAUACAGCCCUCCUCCUGCCGGCACACUGGGAACUGUCACCCCAGAGGCAGAGGAAGCGAGGCCAGAACAGGGAACCCUCAAGCAGGCCCCACGCAGAGCGUUUGCGUGUCUGUGGUUCUCCCCACAUCUCUCUAUCCAUAUGUGGUGUGGGCUGAUCCCAUAUGGAAAUGCGUACGAAGGAAA